GGUCCUCCCCUUCGUUUGAGUGGCAAGUUGUUUGUUUCACUGAUACCAGCUGCUGGACUAUUCCAAUCCCUGUCGGAGAGAAAACACGGGGACCACCAGUCUUUCUCUUCUCACCCUCCCCAUUUACCUCAUUGUGGUUUCUUUUAUUUCACUCUGCUCUUCUGUCUUCUACUCGUCUCAUCGGAUAACUUUCCUUUUCCCCUCUCUUCAACCUGCUGCCUGCUUCGUUUAAAGGUUUUAAAGCUCCUUUUCUAUUUAUUUAUUUAUUAUUUUAAAGGAAGGAUAAAUAUGUAUUUUUAGAUAAUCUGCAAAUGAGAAGACGUAAAAGAUGGAGUUGCAUAUUUUAGAACACAGCUUGAAAGUAGCAAGUAUAGCAAAGGAAGGUAUUCAGAUUUGCACUCACGGAUUAAUUAAACUCGCCUUCUUGCCUAGUAAAACAAGAUGUAAAUUCUUCAGUCUGACGGAAACUCCGGAGGAUUACACCAUUAUUGUUGACGAAGAAGGCUUCAAAGAGCUGCCUGAGUCCGAGCACCUCAGUGUUGCGGAGGCCACAUGGCUGGCGCUCAAUGUGGUUUCGGGGGGUGGAAGUUCCUCCAGCUCUCAACCAAUCGGGGUCACCAAAAUUGCCAAGUCGGUGAUAGCCCCUCUGGCUGACCACAACAUAUCGGUGUUUAUGUUGUCCACCUACCAGACUGACUUCAUACUGGUGAGAGAGAGAGACCUGCCGAUGGUCAUGCACACCCUGUCCUCCGAGUUCACCCUUCUGCGUGUAGUGAAUGGCGAGACUGUUGCCGUCAACAGCCUGGGGGUCACCAAUGGCUUUGUAAAGCCGAAAUUGGUCCAGCGCCCAAUCAUUCACCCCCUGUCCAGCCCCAGCAACAUGUUCUGUGUGACCAGCCUGAACCCUGAUACCCUGCCUUCUGUGGCCACUCUGCUAAUGGAUGUCAUGUUCUAUUCCAGUGGGGUUAAGGAGCCUGCAGGAGCCAGUGAUGAUUCUGGGCACAUUCGCUUCUUCUCCUUUUCCCUGAUUGAAGGCUACAUCUCUCUGGUCAUGGAUGAGCAGAUGACCCGAAGGUUUCCCAACAACGUUCUCUUCACCAGUGCCUCAGGAGAGCUAUGGAAGAUGGUUCGCAUCGGAGGGCAGCCACUCGGAUUUGAUGAGUGCGGCAUUGUGGCUCAAAUAUCUGAACCUCUGGCUACUGCUGACAUUCCAGCGUACUACAUCAGUACCUUUAAAUUCGACCAUGCUUUGGUCCCCGAAGAAAAUAUCCAGAGUGUGAUUGGAGCUUUGCGGACCAAUGAGAGCACAGGACAGUGAAGGGCGGAGCCGUGGGACUGGUGUCUCGCCUCCCUGCUGACACGUCAAGUUACCGUCAGAUAAUGUCAAACUCAAAAGUGCCAAGAGCUUACCUGUGGACUGCUGGGGGGGGGACUCUUAGUCUGCAAUGAGCCCAAAUAUUCUGUGUUCUGUUCUCAGAGACUGUGCCAACACCACCAAGCAGUAGGUCUAGUUCUGUGGUGAUCAUAGAGCAUCUCCCAUCUUCUUUUGUGACCAUGCCAGCAGGAUCUGUUAAACCCCCAAGCCCGAAAUUUUAUACCAGCUCCUGAAACAUUUUUGUUGGCUGUCCCCUUUGCUGCCCCCCCCCCACCACCACCUCCAUUCUUCCCUGACUGCUGGGUUGCUUUGAUUUGCCAAUCUGACCUGUUCAUGCAUCAAAAACAUUGUUAUAACUGCUCUUACAUUAUCUUAAGGAAAACGACACUGCACAAAGAGAAUCUCUGGCAUGGUUUAUAUGUUUAGUGUUAUUUUGUUUUUGAAUCUCCCCUUGCAUACAGUGCCAUGAUGCUUUGAGCCUAAACCGAUGCCUUGCCUAAAGCUGUUUAAAGGUGCAACUACAGGAGAGAAUAAGGUGGUGGUAUUUACCAUGGUGCGGUUUGGCCUCUCAACAUUGAAUAAGCUGUCUUAAAGUAUAUGGAUUUGUUUGCGUUCACUGUACAGUGAUUGAUUACUAUAGUGUGGGAUUUGUUAAUACAAUAGUUCCUUUCCACAAAGUAUGCAAUCUUGUUUCAGCAAUAUGUUGUAGUUAAGCUAUAUCUGAAGGUGGCUAUUGGACAUUCAAUACAAAUUGCAUCAUUUUUUUUUUUGCCAACGAGGUUAUUUAUCAGACCAGUGAAUUGUCUAUUCAGUACUUUCAUUGUGUGUAUUUUUAGCUGACUGGGGAUUAAGUUGAGUCCUUUCAGUGUGCAAACUGAAAACUGACGGCAAGCACAGUAUUGGUCAGCGUUCAGUCUGCUUGGAGCCCUUGGCUUCGCUAACAGUUGUGUGCACCUUGGCCGCAGUCGUGAGAUGCUCACUUGCAGCAGGUCUUGCACAACUGCCGUCUGCUGUCUCUUCACCACCUACCCCCCCCUCCCCCAACCCCCCAGAAGCGUUGCUUUCUCUUCCAUUAAUAUCAAGGAAAUUAUUUGUUGAAAAACAAACAUAUGAACCCCACACCACACUUUGAUUCUUACCAAACUAGCUGUUCCAGUAUUGGAGGGAUAGGGAUGGAGACGUUGUCAGUCAGAUCAUCAGUGGCGGUGGGAUCAUGUGGGUACAUUAUGCAACGUUGUCCCUGUUUUUAGGCCUUAAACCCCCCCUGGUCUGCACUUUAAGGUCCCAUGGAGCUGCUAAUGUGAAAACUAAGCAUAAUUUGGUGUCCAGGAAGGUAGCUCAUGAGACAAGGAUUGUUGGGUUGUUUUUCUUCUCGGAUUGGUUGUGGCAUUUCUCUACACCAAACCCACUUGUUCUAGGAAGCCAUUUACAUCAGUGUUAGAUUCAUGGGUGACGUUUAUCCCAAGGAUUAAAAAAAAAAAAAAAAAAACUUGUUUUGAGCUUGAAGUG